UGUUAGCUCCCGGGGGGGAUGGAGCUCUAGGGGCGGAAAAUCGAUAGCCAUUCACGAACACAGUGAGAAACCGUGUCGAGGAAAUGCUGUCCUCUGGUGUGCUGUGCAGGAAAGUGAAAAUUUUCUCGCAGUUGCAGAUUUGACGUUUAGCUUACAACAGGCUCUUGGAGAGGCCGUAGUUCCGCAACCGUAGUAGAACAGACAGUACUUUGAAAUUUUAGCUAAUACCGAAAUUGAAAUCCGGCAGGUAAUUUAAAACCGAUAUACAUGCGGGAACUGUGCCUUUCUGGCCACCGUAGCAAGUGUAUGUGUGCAUAUGAAAAAAAAAGUUUUUGAAUUAAUUGUCCGCAUGGUUCUGAUCGGUGGAGGUGAAAUUUUCGAAGAAUAUUUGAAGCAAACAAACAGUGAUACCCGUGAUACAAUGUUACUAAAAUUAGGGGGUUGACGUUUUGGUGCCAGCAAUACACGGACAGCGGAUGCGAAGAAAAUUGGGUGAAGGAAACCCUUUUCUGUGAGUGUUCGGAAACAAGUGGCGUCCUGUUUAGAGGAAAUGGAUGUCAAGUGACAUAAUUCUUCGCCAGCUUCGAUCGAAUUGUGUGCUCCCCUAUGGGGUGAUGAUUUCAGUGUGUGUGCGAGUGUUUUCGCGUUCCGAUACAGUGUGAGGAAAAGCGUUUUUUGUUGUGUUGCGAAAAUCUAGUUUACGAAAAGCAACGAAAAAAAAUAAACUAAAGCUGAUUUGUGAAAUUGGAUUAUUUUUCAAGAACGACGACAACGUGUUGCGAGCAGCGAGCUAUCGAAAAGCCCCUGCUUGCAGCAUUCAUCGCCUCGUUUGCCGGGGGAAUUAGCUACAGAACUUCACACAGGUGUAUAUAUGUAGGUGAUUUGUCGCCUGUCGGGACGAUUGCCAUCGGCCGCAAAGCUUAUCAAUAAUUCUUUCACACGCCAAUCGUUGGGAUCGAUGCCAAAUUCAUUUCUUCUACGCCGGUUUUCACAGUCGUGAGAAGCGGCUAACGGGUGAAAGGACCUAGACAAGACGGUGGUUUCCCGAACGGAUCAAAGCGACGCGGAGGAAAAAAAAUAUCACUCAUUGUGGCUCGCCUCAUACUGAGCCAGUGGUGUUGAUGCUUCAAGGCAAUCCUUUAGAAAGAAAACGGAUCAGUACAGUGUGAGGUGCAAAUGACACCUAAAUUCCGGUAAGCUGUUACGCGACGACGACGACGGUUCGAAAGUGAAAAAAUCAUGAACGACGUCGAGAACCAGCCGGAACGAGACGACGUAGCAGGCGGGAAAGUUCGUGCUGUAUGUGACACAGGUGUAGCUUGCGACACCAGCAGCCAUUAGGGUUGUGUUGUGGUACGUGUGGUGGGUUAAUACAAAGCAGUUAUUGUUGUUAGUUGUGAUAACAUUGUUUUUAAGUAUCCACCGCAACGAUGCAUUUACACUUUGAGAAGAACACCAACACGAAGUGCGACUGCUCGAUCCUGUCGCUCUCCUGGAUGGGCAAGGUGCCGGACGAUAUCCCGGAGGAGGAAGGCUGGAAGUUGAAUCGCACCAACUACUAUCAGGAGGGCUGGCUGGCGACGGGCAACGUGCGAGGGAUAGUCGGAGUUACCUUCACCACGUCACAUUGCAAAAAGAGUGUCGAUUACCCGCUGCGGACAAACUACAACCUACGGGGACAUCGAUCAGACGUAAUUCUGGUGAAAUGGAACGAACCAUACCAGAAGCUAGCUAGCUGUGACAGCUCCGGUAUUAUCUUCGUCUGGAUAAAGUACGAGGGUCGGUGGAGCGUGGAACUGAUAAACGACAGGAACACACCAGUAACGCAUUUUUCCUGGUCGCACGAUGGACGGAUGGCGCUGAUAUGCUACCAGGACGGUUUCGUGUUAGUUGGUUCUGUUGCCGGUCAACGUUACUGGUCUUCGAUGCUCAAUCUGGACGCUACAAUCACCUGUGGCAUCUGGACUCCGGAUGAUCAACAGGUCUAUUUCGGUACCACUCAGGGUCAGAUUAUUGUGAUGGACGUACACGGUGCGAUGGUUUCCCAGGUGCAGCUGUGCUCGGAAGUUGGCAUUACCUCUAUGGCGUGGUCCUGCGAGAAGUUUAAAAUGGAGGAAGGCGAAGACACCGAACCGGGCGUUACUAAUGCCUCGAAACGAUCGUUUGUAUUGGCGGUAAGCUUCCAGAACGGCUAUAUCUACCUACUGAAGUCAUUCGACGAUAUUUCCCCGUGCCACAUUCAUACCGGAAUGAAUGGAGCUCUGGGUUUUGUGAUGGAAUGGAGUAACUCACGGGAGUUACUUGCAGUAGCUGGAAGCGAAAUCGUUCCUGGUUUAGAUCAAAACGAAGCACACGGGACACAAGUUUAUAAUAAUCUGUUGAAAUUUUUCACUGAAUCAGGAAAUUUGCUCUACUCUGCAAAAAUACCUUGCACUACGACUCCCGUCUCCGCUUUGACUUGGGGUCACAACGACAAACGAAUCUUCAUUGCUACGGGAACCCAAGUUCACAUUGCCUGGGUAUCACGAAGGGUUGCGUCAUUGCAACUGUUCUGUCGACUGCAGGUGCAAUCAUCGCUCAGUUCGGAAGCGAUGCUACCAAAACUACCACUUCCCGGACGAAUCAAGGCGUUAAUUGGCAAUUUAUUUGCACAAACAAUCAGGUGUUGUGUUCCCGAUUUACGGUCACUGCGGGAGUUUGUUUCCCGACCUCCUAUCUGCUCGACCCGUUUGCACUGCACAAUGAUUCGACAUGACGACGAUGCCAACCAAAGCUCGGGUACCUGUUACACACUUUAUCUAGAGUUUCUUGGAGGCCUAGUACCGUUGCUAAAGGGCAAACGAACGUCCAAAAUUCGACCGGAAUUUGUUAUUUUUGAUCCCCAGGUUGAUGAAAUCUCCAGCUUUUGUAUGCAUUCCUCGGAUUCGACAACAACCAGCACUACUAAGAGUUCAUCGGCAUCGAGUCAUUCGACCACUGGCACUAAUGGACGCUCGGAAAGUUCAGAAAGCGACGUCGAUGAUGGUUGUCGUUCACCAAGACUAUCCAGAAAGCGAAAAGCGCGCACGAAAAAACGUCAUCCCAGCAGUAGCGAUCGAUCUCCGAACCAGAACUCCGACAGCGCGGAGACGAAUGAGGAGUUGGCAUACCUUGACACUCUGCCCGAGCACGUUAAACUUGUUGAAGUUACAUCCAACAUUUGGGGAACGAAGUUUAAAAUCCACGGCCUGGCAAAGACACUACCCGCAAACCUGGGUCAGGUUACGUAUAAAACUUCGCUGCUGCACUUGCAGCCUCGUCAGAUGACCCUUGUCGUGACUGAGCUGCGAGACGAUUUCCCAACCGGACCCGAUCCGAACUUCAACCCAAACAUUUUCUCUGAGGACGAAGAGGAACAUAAUCAACCGCAUGCUCCCUCUGGGCUACGAAAGCAUGGAGAGGCGGCACCUCCAAUCGCUCCAAUGUCCCCUCGACCAAAUCGGUUUCCAUCGCGCCCCCGUCGGCAAACUCCAUCCUCAUUGGCUGCAAUUUCUAACUCGCGCCCUGCAUUACCGCAACUCGGACCACUCGCUCGGGCAGAAUCCUACGAAGACGACACCGAUGGUGCUGAUUCUGGCGAACCGUCCAGACCGGUAGCGACACCACCUCGUCAAGGUAUCAGUUAUUCUAGCUUAGUUAGCCAAUGCAGCAGACCCUCGUCUGCUUCUAGCAGCCAAUCUCGCGUUGCCAUCUCACCAUUAUACUGUGAAGGAUCCGUUCCAACACUGCAAUCACCAAAGAAUGCUGUCGCACCUAGCGACAUUAUCUUCGAUAGGCCACCGGCCGGUCAGACAACCCUGAUGAGCUAUUCCAGUAAUACCGACUACGUGAACAAUGUUGUUCAGGUGAAAAAUGCUCUUAUGUCCUCGGAUCACAAUCGAGCCAACAAUCAGUCGCAUGUUAAUCCGGUUCCUCUAAAUCUUAAUCUUAAUCUCGAAAGAAUGGAAGCGAAAGCUAGUAGCAGCAGAGAUCCUACACAUUCCGCUCCAGGAAGCAGCAAGCAAGUAGUUUCUAAGAAGCAGAACCUAAAAUUUAUCGAUGAAGAAACACCAACCAAUGCAAGCACACCGGCAGUACCGGAACCGAGUGCCAGUGGGAUAGCAACUAAACCCGAAACUAGUAUGAAACGGACUCCCACAGUAGUCUCGAUGGUACCGGUAGUAGCUAGUGGAAUUCCAGAAUCCAUCACGCGCAGCUGUAGUGUAGGCUAUCUAGACAAUAUAGAAAUAGUUCCAAGCGAUGCCGUACUAUCGAUGAUGCGCAAAGAAACCCCCUACAAAAGGUUGGUGCUGGUGGACAAAAAGCGUCAGAAAAAAUACAAGAAAAACUAUGACGAUCUGAAGAAAACCCGUCUCCGACAGGACUGCAAAUCCAAGAGCCUGGAUUCUUGCGAUAUUUUGCAGGACUCGCCAAACCUAAACCGUGAUCUGAUCAAUCUUUUCCGCCAGAUGCCCAAAGUGAAUGAACUAUCAGAGAACGAGACUGAAUACUCAUCUUCCGACCAGAUCGAGCGAAUGCGUCCUGCCCAAGCGACGGGCAACGGCAGCUCGACAAAGCGCCGCCCUUCGGUGAAAUUUCCAGGGAUAACUGGAGCUACUCAACCGAUAUCCAGGACCCCCAUUUUGAACCGAAAGGAGAAACCCAAGAGUUGCUCCGUCUGCGAAACGAUUUCACCAACCGUCAACUCCACGGAAUCGGUUUGCGUUAAAUGCCGUAAAAGCGGGAAUGCUGUUGAUAGGGAAAACAAUAGCCUAGACGAGCAGCAAAAUCACAUUUAUGUUGAUAUUGUCAGUGCAAAACCACCACAAGCUCCUCCGAAGGCGAAGCGUUCUAUUCUGGAGCAGUACAUUAGUUCGGCUUAUAGUAAUAAUGGAGAUUUAGUGCUGAAGGAUGUUCCUAAUGGUGCAGGGUGUAGUAAAAGCUUAUUCGAUAGAAAAAAUAAUAAUAGUAAUAGCAACAGUAACAACAACAACAGUAGCAGCAGUAGUAAUGGAGAAAGUAAUGGAGCAUGCAGUACACCAAAGUCGAAGAUAAGAAAGAACUUCGAAAUCGUUACAAGUUUUACGGACAGCCCACUGUUCAGUAGGAGACAUCGUUCUUUAAAUCGAAGUGACUCAUCAAAGCUUCAGAGCGAAAACAGCACACCGGUUAUGGGCCGAAAGACGGAAGAAAGUGGUGACAGCCGUAAAGGUCGCAAAAAGGAAGAAUCGCCUAGGCGACAUCGUCGAAACGAAAGCUGUCCGGGGCCGAGCGGUGAAAACAACAACGGCGACGGACCGUCCCUGCAGCCGGUCGAAAUUACACCCGUCGAACAGAAAGCAUCCGUUUCACUGCACGCGCAAGCACUCACCACUCUGGAGAACAUAAUCAGCCGACUGCGAGAUCUGGACGAAGGUCGGCUAACACCACCCUCUUCACCCGCGAGCCAACGAUUGCCGCGAAGUUCGCCGGCAUCUCCGGCACCUAGCAAAAAGAGCAAACGACACCAAAGUGCUUCUCCGAUUAGGCACAUCCUUAACUCGCCCCUGCUGAACCGUCGCCAGCGGAAAAAACAGCAAACCGACGUUAGUUCCGAUGACGAAAAUCAAACCCAAAAUCAAACCGAUGAUAGCAGCGGUGGCAGCGGGGGUAGCAAGCAGUACCGGGACUUGGAGACCUUCCAGAAGGCGCAGUUGCGGCAAAAGCUGAAACGAGGCAAGAUAGAACCAAAUGGCGUUGCGAGCUCAUCGCUGCCACAGGCUCCGGUCAGGCGGGAGUUUGUGAUGCAUAACAAGGCUCCGAUGUGGAACGAAAACAGUCAAGUCUACCAGCUGGAUUUCGGGGGACGUGUGACGCAGGAGUCAGCUAAGAACUUUCAGAUCGAGUUUCGCGGAAAGCAGGUGAUGCAGUUUGGUCGAAUCGAUGGAAACGCGUACACACUCGACUUCCAGUAUCCCUUUUCGGCGCUGCAGGCAUUUGCGGUGGCGUUGGCAAACGUUACGCAACGAUUGAAGUGAAAUUUGUUGCUGUCUCGGCAGUAGGUAAAAUAGACACGGGGAGAGGGGAAAACCAAUGAAACUUAAUUAAAUCAUUGACAUAUCACAUGCAGAGUUUCUGUUACUAUGACCGUUGCAGCCGAGCAGCAGCGCGCGGAUGCAGAAGUGUUUAAAUGUUAAACGUUGUGUGCCCAGCUGAAAGCAAGUCUAAAUUUUGUUCGGUUUCAAUCAUGUAUCUUGAUUGUUUUUCAAUGCCAUGCUUAACUCGCUAGUUUUGCGUCCUGCCAUUAUUCAUGAUCGAAGAAAAUGCAUCGUAGCUUUCUACAUAUUAUCUCGUCAAUCGUUGGCUAUCGUCAGUCGAUAGUCGUAGAGAAGAGCACUAAAGGCUCAAAUGUACUACAAACAGAGUAGACCUAACGAAGAGAAAGCUAAAAGUUACCGCACCUAUGCAACAGUAGUGAUCAUUUACUGCAUGGUGGAAAUUUGUAAAACUGUAAAUAUACGUUCGAUGCGCCAAAUUAGUCCGAAUGUGACACUUUGGCUUAGUUGAGUCUUCGGCCGAGAAACAGUCGUACUCCUUGUGCAAUAGGCAUCAGCCAGAGAUGCUGCUAUUAUAAUAUACUCGAAUAUUGUAAAUUUUGUUUACUAGAAGUGCAUCCACAUUGCGAGCUCGUUUUAAAUUGGAAAACAUUUUUUCUAGUCGAAUUCUAUAUUUCCCCGCAAUAUUAACUGUUUCUAGUCAUUUUUACUUAUUACUUUUCACGCAAACGUUCCUGUAGUAAAACUAAGCAUGUUCCCGUUUUCCCUUUUUAUUUACGUUACUCGUUACGGUUCUGUACACACAAUUUUGUGCUAAUUUUAGGAUACCCCGCAAACAGAAAUGGAAAGAAAAAAAUGAUAGCUAACUUAGCGUAAGUUUUUAGCCAGUUAAUAAUAAUAAUUAACGUUAAUAGGUAACUCAAGGUAAUGAAACAAGAAUCACAGACACACACACAUAUGAUGAAAUCCAUCCAACGUUGGAAACCUUAGGCAAAUGCAAGCAAAAAUCACCAAACUAGCGCGAAAAAAAUGCUAACGUCCGUUUUAACUAGGGGAAAGCCAACAGUCAGUGGAUUUUUUGUGUAAAAAAAACUGAACGCCAAUGCGCUCUAUAAUAUACAUACAGCCAAAGCUCUCUUUUUGAUAGACGUUGAAGACGAUCAAAUUUGUGUCAUUCUUUUUGUACUGUUUUUUACUUAAAACUGACGGGUCAAGUGAUUGUGUGAUUGUCCGGAAGGCCGAAAUGGAAACGAACAUUAUUAGUGUUUAAUCGAAAGCGAAACCAGCUCUAACAACCAGUAACCGGCGGACAAUAUUGUCGGGAUUUUCUGUAAGGCAGACAGUCACAAUUUGUUUAUUUUUUACUUAAACGAAACAAUAAUACCAAAGGCUUUUUUCCGGUCGGCGAACGAACGUUCUUUUUGUACCAGUUGCCGCAGCCGCCGCCGCCCCGACCGUUUAUAUGUAGGUAAUUCAAGCGAGUAAAUAGUUGUUGUUUUUUGUCAACGCGCGUUUAUCGUUAUGCUGAAUGAAUGAAGAUAAGCCGAGCAAGCCACUCACUUACCAAUGAGAUUUAUUUAGGGCCAUACGCAGCACUUAUAUAGCUAUUAUACUAGAAAAAAAAGGAUUAAAACAAUGCUACAUACGCGGACGCAAGUUCCAAAACCAUGCUUUCGAGAUCAAAAACAGGAAAUCCGGCCGCCAACUAACAUACCUACUCCCACAAACUCAUAGUUAUCCUUAAGCUGAAGUCUGUGUGUUCACAUCACUCACGAAAUAAAAGGUCAGUGUUCCGAAA